AUGAAGAGACCCACUUUAGUUUUCUUGAUGGAAACUAAAGUUAUUCAGAGGAGGGUUGAUUUUCUGAGAAUUAAGCUUGGAUUUCAGAACAUGUUUUGUGUUAAUUGUAAGGGGCGUAGUGGUGGAUUGAUGUUGUUAUGGGGGUCUGAUCUUGAUUUGGAAAUCCAGAAUUUUAGCCAACAACAUGUGAAUGCUAUCAUUAAAUUUACUAAUCCUGGUUUUAGUUGGAAAUUUACUGGUUUCUAUGGAAACCCGAAUCCUAUGAAAAGGCAAGAAUCCUGGUCGUUGCUUAGAUCUCUGGCUGAUUUACAUCCUUCUCCCUGGUUAGUCUGUGGUGAUUUCAAUGAAAUUCUGUCUUUAGGGGAGAAAUCUAGUCAGUCUAGUAGAUCUAGGAGGCAGAUGAUGUUGUUUCAUAAUACCUUGAGUGAUUGUUAUCUGUGGGAUUCGGGAUACAAAGGGCAGAAAUUUACGUGGUCUAAUGGAAGAGAUGGUAGGGAUCUCACUUUGGAGCGUUUGGAUGGGGCUGUUGCCAAUAUGGAGUGGAGUAGGGUUUUUAACUUGGUUGAUGUGGAAGUUAUGCCUAGAUAUUGCUCUGACCAUAGCCCUUUAGUUAUCUCCUUUGAUAGCUCCAGUAGUAUACCAUGGAAAAAGAAUAGGAGAUUUCUGUUUGAAGCUGGAUGGAUAAAACAUGCGGAUCAUAAAAACAUGGUGGAGGAAGAAUUAAAUAUGGUGCAACAGGAAGGGGAUCCUAGAAAUAUUGAGAAGGAAAAUUUGUUAAAGGAAAAUCUGGACCGAUUAUUGGAAGUUCAAGAGCUUAAAUGGAGGCAAAGGGCCAAGGAAAAUUGGCUAAAGUUUGGGGAUAGAAAUACCAAGUAUUUUCAUGCAUGUGCAUCUCAAAAGAAAUGUAGAAAUUCGGUGAAAGAGAUUGUUGACUUGGAUGGGAAGAGAUGGUAUUCCCAAGAAGUGACCUUGGAGGAAAUUCAAACUGCCCUUAAUCAAAUGGAUCCUCUUAAAGCUCCAGGACCAGACGGUUUUCCUGCUUGUUUCUUUCAGCAAAAUUGGGAAAUUUUGCACCAAGAGGUAUGUGAUGCUAUUUCGUAUUUUUUUGACAAUUGUAAUUUGAAUGCCUCUAUAAAUGCUACUGUUAUUGCCCUUGUUCCAAAAACUAAAAACCCCAUUUCGGUUAAUGACUUUCGGCCUAUUAGCCUUUGUAAUGUAACUUACAAAAUCUUGUCCAAGAUUCUUGCUAAUAGGCUGAAAAGAAUUCUGCCCUGUAUUAUCUCUGGUUCACAAAGUGCUUUUAUUUCGGGUAGGUUAAUCUCUGAUAAUAUCAUUGCUGCCUAUGAGACUCUGCAUACUAUGCAAACUAGACUGUGGGGCAGAUCUGGGUAUAUGGGGGUGAAGCUUGAUAUGAGUAAAGCUUAUGAUAGGGUUGAGUGGUCGUUUUUGGAGGCUGUUAUGUUUAAGUUGGGUUUUGCUCCUGUUUGGGUUAGGAUGAUUAUGGCUUGUGUUACAACUGUUAAUUAUUCGGUGGUAGUUAAUGGAAAUGUGGUGGGAAAAAUCUUUCCUUCAAGGGGUUUGAGACAAGGAGAUCCUAUCUCUCCUUAUCUCUUUAUCAUUUGUGCUGAAGUCUUUAGUACUCUCCUUCAUAAUGUACAGAUGAGAGGUUGUAUUUCGGGUGUUCCCACUUCUAAAAAGGGCCCUAAGAUUACUCAUUUGUUUUUUGCUGAUGACAGCCUUGUUUUUUGUAAGGCUAAUAAAGUUGAAUGGAGAAGGCUGUUGAAUCUCAUAGAGACUUAUGAAAGAGGUUCUGGCCAGAGAAUUAGUUCUGGCCAGAGAAUUAAUUUGGCCAAGACUACUGUUUUUUUCAGUAGAAACACUUGUCAGUCUAGAAGAGAAGAGAUUAAGGCUUCUUUCGGCCUUGGGGAGGCUAACAGCUAUGACUCUUACUUGGGUCUGCCUACUUUGGUGGGUAAAAAUAGGAAUCUGGCUUUUAAGGAGAUCAAAGAAAAGGUUAUUAGGAAAUUGAAUAAUUGGAAGUCUAAGUUACUAACUUUGGCGGGUAAGGAAGUUUUGUUAAAGGCUGUGGUGCAGGCUACUCCCUCUUAUGCUAUGAGUGUUUUCCUUUUUCCUGCCAGUCUUUGUAAGGAGUUGAAUCAGUUAAUGCAGUCCUUUUGGUGGGGGCACUUUAAUAAUGGUUCAAAAAUCCAUUGGAUGAGUUGGGUUAGGAUGGGAAGAGCGAAAUCUGCUGGAGGGCUUGGCUUUAGGGAUUUGUUGAUGUUUAAUAAAGCCCUUUUGACAAAACAGUGUUGGAGGUUGAUGCAACACCCGAAUUCUCUGAUUUCACAGAUUAUUGAAGCCAAAUACUUCCCAAAUUCAUCCUUUUCUAGCCUCUGCUCUUGGAAAAAGACCUUCUUUUAUAUGGAGAAGUUUUUUAGCUGCAAGAGACCUUAUUUCCCAUGGUAUUACUUGGAGAAUUGGGGAUGGAUUAAGAAUAUCCCUUUGUGCCCUUCUUUGCCUCCAGAUAAAAUUAUUUGGGAUGUGGCUGUGUUUCAUAAAAUUUGGCUGAGAAGAAACCGACUUAUAUUUGAGGAGCAGUUCUCUGCUCCUAUGGUGGUAUUUAAGGAAGCCUCUAGAUUGAUUGAUGAUUUUAGCACUUUUAACAGGAAGGAAUCUGUGUUAAGGACCCUUGUUGGUCAAGACUUAACUGGAGGAAAAGUGUGGAAACUUCCUGAUAUGGGUUUUUGGAAGGUGAAUUGGGAUGCUUCAGUAAAUAUAAAGGAGGGGGUGAUUGGCCUGGGUUGUGUGAUAAGGAAUGAGGAAGGCCUUGCUAAUAUUGUUUGUGAAGGGGACUCCCUACGGGUCAUUAAAGGGAUUUGCAAUGAAGAUGGACAGCAAGAUCGUGUUGGGCAUUUUCUGUUGGAAAUUAAACAAAAAGUUUCUUGUUUCUCUGUUUGUAAUUGGUCUCACUAUUGUAGAGAAGCUAAUGUAGUUGCCUAUUUGUUAGCUAGAAAGGCUGCCUCUAUGUGUUUUUCCUGUUGUUGGAUUGAGGUUUUGCCUUUGUUCAUCUCGUCUGCUUCUCUUAGAGACUGCUUGGUCUCUAAGUUGUAA